CCUGGGCCCUCUGACGUAAUUUCCGCCGUCAGGCGGAAGUGGCGCUGACAAUGGCGGAGCUGAAGAGGCUGAAGGAUCGUUUGGAGAAACUGGAGACUCGGCUGUACGGAGAGAGAGGGAGGCAGGUCGGACAGUUUACAGAUGGCAUCGUAAAAGUCCAGGCUGCUCUGGGGAAUAUUUCCAGCAAAAGAGAGAGGAUAAAAACUUUGUAUAAGAAGAUUGAUGAUCUGAUAAAGUACUUGGACCCUCAGUAUAUUGAUAGAAUUGCUAUCCCAGAUGCAAUGAAACUGGAAUUCAUCCUAGCAGAGGAACAUUUUAUCCACUCUCAAGUGCGCCUUUUAGAAUCUGUUAAAAAGCAUCAGCCAUAUCUUGAGAGUGAGCACAUUAAAGCUGUUCCAAACUAUUCCUCAAAGGUGCAAGCACUGACCCAGAUUCAGAUUCAGGAACAGGAUCAGUGUAACGCGAUUACAGAAGAUGUAAGCAAGAUGCUUGAAAACUAUAACAAAAUGAUUCUGCUCCUGUCAAAGCAGUUUGUUCAGUGGGAAGAAUUACUAACCAAGCUUGAAGCUGCAAAACAAAUAAAGCCAAUCGCUGACUGAUAUCACAUCACAUCCUGGGUGGAUCAAAAUAUUAUUUGGAAGUGGAGCAAACAAUUCCUUUUGCUAUCUAUAUAGUAUUGUAUAUGUAAUCAGUAAAAAUGAAAAUAAUAUUGUUUGGAAACAUUUCCUAAAACAGUAUCUCCUAUUAAAAUCUCUUGCAAUUGGAGAACUAGCAUUGUAUUAUAGUAGAGUGGCAGGAUGAAUAUCCUAUUGAUUUGGAGUGUCAUAUUUCUAGGUUUACAUUCUAAUAUUUAAAACUUGAACUAACCAUAUAAUGUAAUUAUAUUCAUAUUUUAUAUAGUUUAUUCAUAUUUGCCAAUUAUUGCCUUCCUUUUACAGCAUUUAAAGAUUGGGCGUUUAGUACAUAUAUGCUGCAAAAUUAUUUUGUGCAACCUGCGUAAUAUAGAAUAUUUUGCAGUUUACUAUCUCAGACAAGAGGAUUGUGUAUAGCUAUAUUAGAUCCUUUUCUGUUUUGUGGGAUACUAUGGUAAUUAAUUAUGACCAGGGGAUUUUAACAAGUUCCAGGACAGCCUCUGCUGAUUAUGGCCGGAUACCAUAAGAGUUGACUGAGCACAAUACGAAAGGAAGAUAGUUUUGGUUUGAGCAGUAUGCUUCAAGAAUACAUUGUGCACUCCUCUUAAAACCUUGAGCAAAAAUAGCUAAUAAGUCACCUGAUUAUGCAAGUCAAAGUUUUCCUUUGCAUCAGCCGCGAGAUCAACUUGCUAUUGUCCACUCCCAUGGGAAUACUAAGGGUUCUCCACCGCCGGAUUAAAUUUAGGUAGGUUUGAAAGUGAUCUGUGUCUGAUAUUCCCAUUUGAGUGUUAACCAGCUCAGACCUGGCUCAGGUUCUAUUUUAAAUUGGGCUAGUGGGAAUGGUAGAGUUUAUCCAAUUUUACUGUGAUGCAGCAAGUGUUUCCCAUUAAGAGGACAAAACUAUUAAAAGCUAGUUAGGGGGGCAUGACUCAUGCAACCUUAUUAAAAUAAAACAAACCGAAUCUAAAUAACUCAAUCAAAUAAAUAUUAAAAAAUCCAUGAUUCCUAGUGGUCAUUGAAGUAUUCUAUUCAUUACAUUAACUGGAUUGCAGUAUGUCCUUUCAUAGGGAUGUCAUUAUAAGAAUUCUAGGCAGUAAACCAUGAGCCAACUACUGAGCUUUUGCAUGUGUACAUGUACACAUGCAGAAAAGGAUAGGUGAUGACUAACCAGUCAAUUGAGCUGUCAUGCAUCUGGGCUAGGCAUAACUUUGGCAGGCUUACAUCCCAUCCCGCUCUCAGCCAAGCAACCAUGUUAAGAGAAGUAAAACAAUCUGGGCUCAGAACUUAUCUAGCCACAGCUUUAUUUUCCCUGCUUAAUUUUUUCUCCUUUCCUUGCUCGCAUUCCAUCCAUUAAAGCACAAAAUAUCAUAAAAUACUCGGUGAAUUUUUUUUUUGCAAAGAAGUAAUGCCACUUUGGAACAUCAAUCACCUACCAACUUGCAUCUUAAUUAAAUCUGUCUUUUUUUAAUGUUGUGGAGUUUCAUUUCCAUGUUGAUUUUUUUUUAUUUAUUAAAUGUUCUUAAUGCCACUACUUCUAAGUUUUCUCAAAUCUGAACAAAUAAAUGUAUCAUAAUGUGUAAGCUGCAAUAUUUAUAUUGUAACAAACUGCUCAUUCUGUCUUGCUUCCUUGAGAAUAUUUUUUAUUAAAGUGCAAUGGUAACUUUA